UACGUGCACAGCCUGUAAGUAUAUAAGUGAAUAAAACUCUCUCAAUUCUUUCAGGGACCCCAGUUUGAAAGCCCCUGGAGCGCCUGAGCAGUUCCUUCUCACCGGUUACAACUGUGACCAAGAACAAAACUUUCCACACGCUUCAGAUAGGCCUACUUAAAAUCACAAGAUCGUGUGAGAUUGUUUGAGAGCAAUCUUGCGGUACCACCCGCUCUUCAUUGGCUGGAGGAUGUGAGGAAAGCCCGCAGAUGGCGCUCUUCACCAAUCGCUCUUUUGUUUUUGUGGUUCGUCACUUCCGGGUGUGAGAUGGCGUGACAGCAGUGGGUAAAGAGAGUAAACCUGCUGUUUCGUUUUGACAGGUGAUGGGGGCAGACAGUGGUCCAGGAGCUCCAGCAGCCGUCCCGUGGCGUAAAGUCCUAUAUGAACGCCAGCCUUUCCCGGACAAUUAUGUGGACCGACGCUUUCUGGAGGAGCUGCGGCGCAACAUCCGAGUGCGUCAGUACCGUUACUGGGCGGUGGUGCGUGAGACGGGGCUCAUCGCACAGCAGGUGUCCUGCUUGGCCGUCUUCCUCACAUUAUGGUCUUAUAUGGAGCAGGGAGACCUGGUGCCGUCCGCGGUGCUCUGGGUCUGUCUAGGCUGUGCUCUGCUGGGAUACGGACUCUACGAGAUCCUGGGAGGCUCUUGUGUUCGGGAGCGAACGCGCCUGGCGGACCUACAGAGUGCAACUAUCUUCCUGGCGUUUACCUUUGGGUCUUCACCUGUUUUAAAGACUCUAACUGAGUCGGUUAGUACAGAUACUGUGUACGCCAUGUCAGCUGUGAUGCUCCUGGCUCACUUGGUGUCCUUCCCGUAUGCUCAGCCCAGUCCGCCGGGCAGUCUUUCCCUCAACGCGGCUCUUUUCGGGUCGGUGUGCCUGGCGUCCCGGCUGCCUGGCGCCUUGCAUACCUUCACCAUGCUGAGCUGUGCCCUCCUGGUGUUCGCUCUGUGGCCCUGCCUGCUGCACCGCAUGCGGGAGAAGGCGGAGUGGAGCUUCCCGUGGGCAGCGGUGCUGGUGUGUCUGGCUGGAGUCGGGGGUCUGGGGAGCCUGUGGCCCGAGUGGGCUCUUCUCCUCUCGCUGGCUCUGUUAACGUUAACUUUAGUCUGUCCACUGUUGCUGGUCCACCUGCAGAGGCACAAGGACAACAUCCACGGUCCUUGGGACGAGGCAGAGAUUAGAGAGGACCUGUCCCGCUUCUUGAAUUGAAAAUGCAAGGUUUUCAGACAAUUUUAAAUGAUGCUUUUGAUAGACUCCCUUUUGGAGGGGUGAUUUUGAGUCUUUUGCACUUUUCUUAAAGAGAUAGCUCACCUAAAAAAUGAAUCAUCUGUCAUCAUUUACUCCUCUUCAUGUCAUUACAAACCUUGUACGGUUUGCUCUUUUCUGUGGAACAUGAAAGAAAAUGUUUUGAGGAAUAUUGAUAGCAGUUUUGUUUAUCUUUGACUUUCAUCGUACAGGUCUUUUGGAUUCCGCAGAAGAAAGUCUAAAAGUGUGAUUAAAUGAUGACAGAGGUUUUUUUUUUUGGAUAUGCUGCGCCUUUAAGCUCAGGGAAGAAUAGGAACAGUUACUGGGAAAUUUCAUUUAAUUUUGCCAGUAUAAAAUAAAACUAAAUUAUUAAAUGUAUGAGCCUCAAGAAAAUAUGUCUAGGUCACAUUUAACACAAAUUAAAAAGGAAAAUAAAGUAAGAUUGUUUUUCUUUUGCUUAAAGAAAAUGAACCCCUAAAAAUAGACUUUCUUAGGGAAAUAAUAUAAUUUAGAUUUUGUGGUAUGAUCUAGACAUGUUUUGUGAUUUUUAAAAUCAUUUAUAUGGAAGUAGGGAGUUCUUUUUAACAGUAUUUAUAUAUAAAUGCAUAUUCUGGAAUUGAUUGAUUGUGUGUGUGUGUGUGUGUAUAUAUAAUAUAUAUA